UGCCGUCCCGCCGCCCGCGCCAUAGCGCCCACCGCAGGCGGCGACGCGCGCCGUGCCGGGACCGGGCGGGGGCCGCGGGGGGCGGUCACCGCGUCGCUUUGGGGGCCGGGAGGGCCUCAGCGUUAAAAGAGUUCUUUCCAGUGCUCUCUCCUCUUGCGCUGUGCGAGUGGCUUUUCUCCGCCUGCGCCCUGCCUGCCAGCAGGACCCUGGGUACACACUCAGGACGACGCCCGUUCUGUUCCAGGGUGCAAUCUUUUCUGCGAUGGAGGGAAGCAGACAGACGCGAGUGUCCCGGCCCUACAAGAUCAGCGAGUCAUCAAAGGUGUACCGCUGUGCCGACCACCCCACCACGGUGCUGCAGCGGCUGAACGAGCAGCGGCUGCGCGGCCUCUUCUGUGACGUGGUGCUGGUGGCCGAGGAGCAGCGCCUGCCCGCGCACCGCAACCUGCUGGCCGUGUGCAGCGACUACUUCAACUCCAUGUUCACGCUGGGCAUGCGCGAGGCCUUCGAGAAGGAGGUGGUGCUGGUGGGCGCCUCGCCCAUCGGGCUGAGGGCCGUGCUGGACUUCCUGUACGGCGGCGAGCUGGCGCUGGACGGCGGGAAUAUCGACCACGUGCUGGAGACGGCGCACCUGCUGCAGCUCUGGACGGCGGUGGACUUCUGCUGUGAGUACCUGGAGCAGGAGGUGAGCGAGGACAACUACCUCUACCUGCAGGAGCUGGCCUCCAUCUACAGCCUGCGGCGGCUGGACGCCUUCGUGGACAGCUUCGUGCUGGGCCGCUUCGGCACGCUGUCCUUCACGCCGGCCUUCCUGCAGAGCGUGUCGGUGCAGAAGCUGUGCCUGUACCUGAGCAGCAGCCGGGUGCAGCGCGAGUGCGAGCACGACCUGCUGCAGGCGGCCCUGCAGUGGCUGACGCAGCAGCCCGAGCGCGAGGAGCACGCCCGCCGCGUGCUGGAGAACGUGCGCUUCCCGCUCAUCCCCAAGAGCGACCUGCUGCACCGCGUCAAGCCGGCCGUGUGCGCGCUGCUGCCCCGCGAGGCCGGCUGCGAGGACUUCAUCGAGGAGGCCGUGCGCUACCACAGCAGCCUGGCGGCGCAGCCCGUGCUGCAGACGGCGCGCACCGCGCUUCGGGCCGAGGGCGAGCGCCUGCUCUUCGUGGGCGGCGAGGUGUCCGAGCGCUGUCUGGAGCUCAGCGACGACACCUGCUACCUGGACACCGAGAGCCAGCAGUGGGUCAAGGAGACGCCCUUGCCGGCGCGGCGGAGCCACCACUGCGUGGCCGUGCUGGGCGGCUUCAUCUUCAUCGCGGGCGGCAGCUUCUCGCGGGACAACGGAGGGGACGCCGCCUCCAACCUGCUCUAUAGGUAUGACCCCCGCUGUAAACAGUGGAUCAAGGUGGCCUCCAUGAACCAGCGCCGUGUGGAUUUCUACCUGGCCUCCAUCGAAGACAAGCUGGUGGCCGUCGGCGGCCGGAACGAAAACGGGGCGCUGUCCUCUGUGGAGACCUACAGCCCCAAGAGCGACUCCUGGUCCUACGUGGCUGGCCUGCCGAGGUUCACCUAUGGCCACGCGGGCACCAUCUACCAAGACUUCGUGUACAUCUCGGGGGGCCACGACUAUCAGAUCGGCCCUUACCGCAGGAACCUGCUGUGCUACGACCACCGCACGGACGUGUGGGAGGAGCGGCGGCCCAUGACCACGGCGCGCGGCUGGCACAGCAUGUGCAGCCUGGGCGACAGCAUCUACUCCAUCGGCGGCAGCGACGACCACGUGGAGUCCAUGGAGCGCUUCGACGUGCUGGGCGUGGAGGCCUACAGCCCGCAGUGCAACCAGUGGACGCGCGUGGCGCCGCUGCUGCAGGCCAACAGCGAGUCGGGCGUGGCCGUGUGGCAGGGCCGCAUCUACAUCCUGGGCGGCUACAGCUGGGAGAGCACGGCUUUCUCCAGGGCUGUGCAGGUGUACGACCGCGAGGCCGACAAGUGGAGCCGCGGGCCCGACCUGCCCAAGGCCAUCGCCGGCGUGUCGGCCUGUGUGUGCGCCCUCAGGCCGCAGCUGGAGGACAAGAAGCGGAAGGGGAAGGGCAGGCGGCCCCAGGACCGGGGCCAGUGAGCCGCGGCUGCCCCACCUACCAUGGGGCGGCGUCCCCAGAGCAGAGCCGGCAGCCCUGCGCCCGUCCCAGCAGCUCCUGCCCCGGUGCCUCUGCUGCCUGUGACCCCACAGCCACGGGUCACGGAGGCUCGGCCUGCACAGGGUCCUGGGGACAGUCACGGGGCGCAGAGUAGGCACGGUGCCCCUGGGCCCUGCCUUUCUCCAGGACAGCCGCACCAGGCUUCCCCCAGCACAACUCGCACGGGGAACCCUGCGGGACGUCACAUUCUUCCAGCUUUGGGAAGUGUAGGUGUUCUGGACCCGCCUCAGAAUUGUCACACCAAAACCCUGGGGAAGGAGGCGGGCGGGCGUGGUGCCCGGCCUGUAAUCCCAGCGCUGGGAGGCUGAGGCAGGAGGAUGCCCAGGAGGGGAGCUGCAGCAAGUGCCCAGCAGCCGGAGUUCCAUGGCGAGACCCCGCCUGGAGCCCCUGUGGGAGGUACCCAGGGCCACCGGGGAGGCCCAGGCCGUCUCCGCCAGGGCCACGUGCAGGAGUCAUUGACAAGGCUGGGACUGAGGACAGGCCGCAAGGACUCCCCAGGGAGCCGCACCUGUCGCCCUGAGCACCCCGCCUUUCCUGGUUGGGGAUCUCCCGAGUUCUAAGAGUGCGGGCACCCAGGAAAGGCAGGAAGGGACCGGAAGCUCGUGAACGUGGUUCUGCAGUGGUCUGUCUGCCCGCCCCUGCCGUGCUCGGCAGGGUACGGAGCUCCCAGAUCUGCGCCUACUGCCCAGGAGCGGAGGGAGGGCGUGCAUGGCCGCCCUUGGCUGCAGGGCCAGGCUGGCACCUGCGGGCGACCUGGCCCCGUGCCUGCAGCUGAGACGUUCUCAGCAAGCCUUCCUCUGUCCCCAUUCCCCGAGCGACAGUCGGGGGAGGUGACCUUCAGCGUCAGCCGUGGACACUCGUCCAGCUCCACUGCAGAUAUGGGGCUCUGCUGCUUCCAGAGCGGACCUCACCACCCACUGCCCUCCGACAGCAGCGACUGCGGCGCCCCAGCAGGAUGGCGGCAGCGGCCUGUCCUUUUCGGAGAUCUGGUUGCAGGGGAUGUGGAGAUUGCGUGGUGGAGUCCGGAGGAGCAAAGCCAUCUUCGUGCCCUGCCUCUCUCCCUGCCCAGCCCCCGGCCCGAGCUGCAGGCGCUGGGCUCUGCGGGCACCGAGGUUGGGUGUAUUAGAGGCCCUGAGAGGACCGCGUGUACCGCGAGCCGAGGCCCAGCUUCCCAGACUCCGUGAGCCUGGCUCGCCCCGUCCCAUCCCUGGCCCAGAGCCCCGGAGAGGCGGCUGGCAGAGCUGCGGCUGCCUGAAGGCCGGCGAGGGCACGACGUGGCCAAGUGUGACGUCUUCGCCUCAGACCGCAGCCGGCCUCAGCCUGGACAUCGCACACACCGGUGGCCUGGGCCUCCGAGACACUGCAUUUUAGCUGAAGCCAGCUCCCCCCAUUUUUGCUGCUGGGGCUCACCCAGGACAGGGCUUGCCGGGACUACUCUGGCCUCACCCUCUUUCCGGGUGCCUCGCAGGACCCACGGGGCUCCCUGCAGCGUCGUCCCUUGUGGCCCCUCUCCCCUGGUGUCGGUGCAGUUUGCCAUGUUGGCCUGGACCUAGUGGCGCUGGGGCUGAGCGCCCUUCCAGGGAGAGCACGGACAUGGGAGUGGUGGCUCGGGUGCUAGUGACAGCUGGGAGCUUCCAGGCCUGGGGGGUUCCUGGAUCAGCUCCUUCCUUGGCUUUGAGGCUGGAAAUUCACUGUCCUGAGUGGGCCGGAUGGGUGGAGGGCUGGGCAGGGCGAUGGCAUGGUGGGACGGUGGAAGCUGGUGAACCCGAGUGUGUGGCAGCAAACAACAGUCUGCCAAAAUACCACGUCCGCCGUUAAACUGUCCAUAAUUCCGGCAGUCGGGAGGCUGAGGCAGGGGAUCACUGCAGUGGGAGGGCUCCAUAGUGGGUUCAAGACCAGCCCGAACUACACAGUGAGACCCUGUGUCACCCAGAAAAAACAUCAGCCCUCUGUGCGCUGGGCUUUUUGGAGUUUUAACACCUGGAUUGCUUUUCCUUGGUCUUUCAAAAUCAGGAUGGGUUUUGUUCAGGUUCUGACUUUCUGUUUUUGAAAGAGUUACAGCUCUAUAUUAGCUUUGGUCCUCAUCUAAGUUGGAACCGGGGCGUAAGACAGGACAGAAAGCCGAGGAGCGCUCUUUACCGCGGGGGUCUUUGUGCUAAAAUUAGUAUCAGUCGGCUCAGUGUGGAGCACGUGCCCGUGAUCCCAGGUACCUAGGCGGCUGAGGCAGGAAACUGUGCUUGAGCCCGGGAGCUAGGGGUCAGCCAGGGCAACAUAGCAGGAGCCCUCCCCAAAAAGGAGCCUGGGCGUGCGGUGCUAAUGUUCUGCUGUUUCCCUGAGGCGCCCAGCAGGCCAGUGAGACCUGGACUGGCCAGAGCACAGGGCUGUGUUUGUAUUCCGAUCCCCUCCGGCCUCCCCUGAACGGUUCAGUGACCCUGCAGGACUCUGCAGGACUCCAGAAGCUCGGAGUUUGGUGGGAAGGCAAAGCCAGGGGCGGGUGGCGCCCAUCCUCUGAGACCAGGACCCUGGUGGGGUCGGGGGAGUCCUGGACACUGCCAGCUGUGGGGCAGUGGCUGGCACCUGGCCCCAGCCUAAUUUUUUGCAGUUUACCUGGGGCAGCCACACAGGUGCCUGGACACCGGCCCUGGAACUGGCUGUUUUUAGAGGCUUUCGGAACUGUUUUGAUACUUUUGAUACAAUUUGCUAACCCCCAUUUUGUAGGCCUCCUGCCAGGCAUCCCCCUCACCCUUAGCUGCACCCCUGGGACUGGCUGGGUGAGCAGUGUCCUUGGUCAGGCCCAGGACUGCUGCGUGGCUUUGACUUUGGUGACCUCACCGGUCUCCAUUCUUGCGCUGGGGCAUUGUCCUAGGCCGGACAGACCGGAGGACAUGGGCCACCCCAAGCAUCUGCAUUUCCUCCUGUACCUGGCCUCAUCGCUGCACGGCCUGGGGAACACCACAGGCUGGCCACCUGUCACCCAUCUCUUGUGGGUCGUUCCUCCAUCUGGCGUCAGGCGUUACGUGGGCGCACACACACCUGGCACCUGGGAGAGCCUGUCCCCCCUGGGCAGGCUGUGGUUUCUCACUUACGUGGAUAGAACGGAUGGACCCUGAGGGGCUACAGCUGUCAAGAAGCUGUCCUUUGCUUCCUUAGAAGAACUGAGCUGGGUGUGGUGGCACACGCCUGUCACCCCAGCACUCGGGCCUGAGGCAGGAGGAUCCUUGUGAGUUUGAGACCAGCCUGGUCUACAAGGGAGCUCAAGGCCAGCCUGGACUGCAUGGUGAGACCCUGUCUCAAAAAGACAAAACAAACAAAUUGAAUGUAUGCAUUUCGGUAGUGGAUGGACAGGCCACGCCCCUCCCUGUCAGUUUUCUUUAAGGGAAGGAAGCAGCCUGCAGGGUGGCAGGAACAGGGCCCAGGAUUCCCACAGGGCGCGGAGGGAAGGAGGGGAGGUCCUCUUUGCAAAUUAGUUGCCAGGAGUUACUCAGUAGUUACAUUCGGCUACUAAUGUCACCCAGCCUGUAAUUUGGGUUUAUCAUUUGUUGCUUUUUGUAUUUGCAAUUUUAUGACAUUCAAGGUUUCUGUUUUUCUCAGUUCUCUGCACAGUGCUUUUUUUUUUCUUUGUUUUUAUUUCCAUACAGAGUAUUCAGUUCUUGCAAGCACAUUAAAGCAGUUUGCCUGCUA